GAGGGACUUUUUUUUCUUCAUUUUAAACUCCCCCUCCCCUUUCCCUCCUCGUUUUUCUGUGUGUCUGUCUAUAUUAGUGUUUUUGUCUCUCCGUACGCCUGAGAGCGUGGUCAGUCAGAGAGGGAGAGAGAGAGAGAGGGAGAGAGAGAGGAGCAGAGUUAGAGUAAAACAGAGCAGGAAAAGGACAGACAGGAGAAGAGGAGGGAACAGUCCUUGGUAAUGUGUGCCUGCUCGUCCCAGUCCAGCCCAGUACAGCGCCCCCUCCUCCUCCAGCUCUACUGGGUCAGUACCCUGGGACAGCACCUGCUCCCCCGACAUACAGACAGACAGACUCUCAGGACCUGCAGCUGUGUGAGCCUUGAGUCCAGCCGCUCCUCCACACAUAAGGGAGACUCCAACCAUCCCCAGAGAACCCAACCUUCCAUUCACAGAGGCAGGAUCACACUGUGUCUAGACCACACCUACAACCAUACUUACAUUCAUACCUACAGUCAUACGGUACCUACAGUCAUACCUACAGUCAUACCUACAGUCAGGAGUCUUAGCGGUGGCUGCAGCAGAGUGAUCCAGCAGAAGUAGCAGGGUGAGAUAAGUUAGAGGUCAAGAUGGCAGGACAGGGGCUGCUGCCCUCCACCAACCGUUACCUCCUCCUGCUCCUGGGGGUUCUGUCUGUGGCCCACGCCUCCGUCUUCCUCAAGGCCCGCUUCCAGAGGGACCGCCGUAACAUCCGCCCCAACAUCAUCCUCAUUCUCACUGAUGACCAGGACAUGGAGCUCGGCUCCAUGCAGGUCAUGAAUAAGACACGUAGUAUCAUGGAGCAGGGCGGGACUCACUUCUCCAACGCCUUUGUGACCACGCCCAUGUGCUGUCCUUCGCGCUCCUCCAUGUUGACGGGGAAGUACGUUCACAACCACAACACCUACACCAACAAUGAGAACUGCUCCUCCCCUUCCUGGCAGGCCCAGCACGAGACUAGGACCUUUGGAGUGUACCUCAACAACACUGGCUACAGGACAGGCUUCUUUGGGAAGUACCUGAAUGAGUACAAUGGUUCCUAUAUUCCUCCUGGGUGGAGAGAGUGGGUGGGGCUGGUCAAGAACUCCCGCUUCUACAACUACACCCUGUGCAGGAAUGGAGUCCGCGAGAAACAUGGCUGCGAGUACCCUAAGGACUACUUUACGGACCUCAUCACAGAGGACAGCAUCAACUACUUCCGCACGUCUAAGAGGAUGUACCCUCACCGGCCAGUGAUGAUGGUGAUGAGCCAUGCAGCCCCCCAUGGGCCGGAGGACUCAGCACCUCAGUACAGCACUGCCUUUCCCAACGCAUCCCAGCACAUCACUCCCAGCUACAACUAUGCCCCGAACCCGGACAAGCACUGGAUCAUGAGUUACACUGGUUCCAUGAAGCCCAUCCACAUGGAGUUCACCAACAUGCUACAGAGGAAGAGGCUGCAGACUCUGCUCUCUGUGGACGACAGCGUAGAGAAGGUGUAUAACAUGCUGGCUGAAACUGGAGAACUGGACAACACAUAUAUCAUCUACACAGCUGACCAUGGCUACCACAUUGGUCAGUUUGGCUUGGUCAAGGGCAAGUCCAUGCCCUACGAGUUUGACAUUCGAGUUCCCUUCUACAUCCGAGGGCCCAACGUGGAGGCAGGAGCCAGCAACCCUCACAUGGUGCUGAACAUCGACCUGGCGCCCACCAUCCUGGACAUCGCUGGCAUGGACGUCCCGCCGGACAUGGACGGCAAGUCCAUCCUCAAACUGCUGGACAUAGAGAGGCCAGUCAACAGGUUCCAGGUGAAUAAGAAGGGGAAGGUGUGGAGAGACUCGUUCCUGGUGGAAAGAGGGAAGUUGCUCCACAUGCGUGAUGCGUCUUCAGGGAAGGACGUGGCCCAGGAGGAGAACUUCCUGCCUAAGUACCAGCGGGUCAAGGACCUGUGUCAGAGAACAGAGUACCAGACACCCUGCCAACAGCUGGGACAGAAGUGGCAGUGUGUUGAUGAUGCUACAGGGAAACUGAGGCUGUAUAAGUGUAAGGGCAUGGCCAGCAUGUCUGCAGAACGGAAGGAGGGCCCUGCCAACAUCAGGUCCCGAUUUUACCCCCAGCGCAAAGCAGAGCACAACGCAGAGCGCAACGCAGAGCCCGAAGGCUGCAAUUGUGACCAGUUCUCUAGCUUCAGACUCAGUGCCUUCAAGAAGAAAAAGUUGCUUUCCAAGAAGAAGAUGAAGGCCGUCAAGAGCUACGCCCGUAACCGUUCUGCCCGCUCCGUGGAGAUGGAGAUAGGAGGGGAUCUGUAUGCUGUAGACUUGGGGGAUGGCUACCAGCCUGUACUGGCCCCCAGGAACCUCAGCGAGGCUGGGGCCCCGGGGCCACGCGACGACACUGAGGACGACUUCAGUGGCAUGGGGUUCACCAUCAGUCCCAGGACUAGCAGCAACAGUCUGGCUAUAGUACCUUCUGACAUCAAAGUCACACACAGGUCAGGGAGUGUGUUGAGGUUCUAUGUGGAUGGGUGUUCCAUCCUGGCCGAUGACACAGUGAAGUGUGACACAGGGAUCUAUAAGUCUGUGCAGGCCUGGAAGGACCACAAACUCCACAUCGACCAUGAGAUUGAGACCCUGCAGACCAAGAUCAAGAACCUGAGAGAGGUCAGGGGUCACCUGAAGAAGGCCCGCCCAGAGGAGUGUGACUGUCUUCGCUACAUCUACCAGUCUAAGUACAAGAGUAAGCUUAGGCACAAAGGAAGCAGCAUUCACCCAUUCAGGAAGGGUCAGGAUAACAAGGCGUGGCUGCUGAAGGACCAGAAGAGGAGAAAGAAGAUGAGGAAACUGCUGAAACGUCUGAGGAACAACGACACCUGUAGCAUGCCUGGUCUCACCUGCUUCACCCACGAUAACCAGCACUGGCAGACCGCCCCCUUCUGGACAAUGGGUCCAUUCUGUGCCUGCACCAGUGCCAACAACAACACCUACUGGUGCGUGAGGACCAUCAACGAAACUCACAACUUCCUGUUCUGUGAGUUUGCGACUGGCUUCCUGGAGUACUUUGACCUCAACACAGAUCCCUACCAGUUGAUGAAUGCUGUGAACACGCUGGACCGAACCGUUCUAAACCAGCUCCACGUUCAACUCAUGGAGCUCCGCAGCUGCAAGGGCCACAAGCAGUGCAACCCCCGUACCCGCAACCUGGAGCUGGAGGACAGAUUUGGGAAGGCUGGGAGGGAUAGGGUCCAGGAGGUGACAGUGGCCCCGUCAGAAGCACCCAGUGCAGGAGGAACGGGAAUGGACUGGUCAGAACUUGAACCCUUGUACAGACUUGACAAGCACGCCUAUGAUCUCAAACUCAACUUCAACGUCAGCCUGGAGGACUGGGACAACUUUGACUGGACCGUGGACAGGAUGUUCACGAUGCUAGGCAACUUCAACCACCAGCCGAACGGGCGCCGCAGCAACUUGAUUCCUGGGGAGGGUAGAGGAGGAAGAGACCACGCCCUGGUGUCCUCAACGGACCAAUCAGCCUCAGCCAUCUACCUGACCACCCUGGCCACUCCAGCUCUCCUGCUGAGAGAGGCUGGGGCCGAGGUCCUGAGGGAGGCACUGGGGCUGAAUGGAGGGGUGCACCGCGCUUCCUCCUCCUCCUCCUGCUCUUCCUCCUCCUCUUCCUGUCCUCCAGUCGCAGCUGAGGAGGGCCGCUCAGACUGGGACCACUCCCCACCUCUCCUCAACCAGUUAGGGGAGGAGGGCCAGCCUAGACUGCAUGACGAGGAUGAGAAGGGCAUUGAUAGGGGUGAUGAAGAGGAUGAGGAAGAGUUGUUUAGGAGACGGUCGGCCCGGUGGAGGCUGAACCGUGCUCACUGUGAGUGCAGUGACUUUGUUCAGGAAGCUGAGAACGCGUUGCCUGUAUGACUGCCUGUAAGACCCCUCUCUCACUCUGUCUCCCCUCCUCACCUGAGAUUUUAGGGAGACUGAAUCAGCACAAUGCCACCUCUGGCCUGUCCCCCACCCAGACCCAGAUCCAGGCUGAUAUGUGGAUGUGCCUGUCCCUUUAAUCAAGACUGCAGUCCUCCAGUGCCCCAACCAUAUCCCAGGCCAGCAGACGGCCCCCUGCUGGCCCCUUCCUGUAAUACACCAACAGACUUCACCAGGAGAUUCUUUGUGAGCGAACACAGCAGCAGCAGACCAUGAUUCUUUAUGAGCGAACACAGCAGCAGCAGACCAUGAUUCUUUAUGAGCGAACACAGCAGCAGCAGCACAUGAUUCUUCAUGAGCGAACACAGCAGCAGCAGCACAUGAUUCUUUAUGAGCGAACACAGCAGCAGCAGCACAUGAUUCUUUAUGAGCGAACACAGCAGCAGCAGCACAUGAUUCUUUAUGAGCGAACACGGCAGCAGCAGCCCAUGAUUCUUUAUGAGCGAACACAGCAGCAGCAGCCCAUGAUUCUUUUCCUAAUGCAGGACGUUAGUUUGCUUUGUUUUUUUGUUUUUGGGGCAGGGAGCUUUGGGAAUUGGAGAGGAAAAUAAACUUGAUUGAUUUUUGAUAUUCUUUGGAUUCUUUGAAAAAAGAUUUUGUAUUGUAUAUGUGUAUUUGACUUUUUGAGUUUUUACUAAUGGCUGUAUUAACUGUGCCGGUUCCAUCCCCUGUGCAGAUUACGUGUAUGUGGCACAUUGAUUAAUGCUUCUUUUUUACCAAUGUGUUACUAAUUCAUUUUUUAAAACACUUAAUUCCACAAAAUGCAGAUGAUCAAUUAUGAGGUUCAGUGAUAUACACACACACAUACACACACCUCACACACUUUGAGUUACAGUGCUGUGGAACCUGCCUUUGAGUUUGGCGUCAAACUGACACGAGGAUGCCGUGGUUAGGGUUGGAGUGCAGGUAGGAACUGGGACUAAGUGUCAUCUAAGUGCCAUAUCUUUUCAGUGUUGCAGCUUAUUUUAGUUCUACUAUGUUUCUGAUGAAAAACAUGAGACUUGAUAUUUAUGUGAAUCAAAGCAUUCCCUUUUGUUGUGUUCUUAUUUUCAUUUCAAAAUGACUGAGUUCUGGAUGUUGAACAGAAUAAGAGUUUUUACUGAAAAUAUUUCUACCACUACAACUUGGUAGCUGUGGCAUUAACCAUUUUGAAACAGUCCAAUCAGAAAACAUGCAAUUGAAGGCACUUAUCUGAUGUGAACCCACUGAGACGUAUAGAGAUCACAACAUUGCAGCUGUCCCAUGAUGGUGUCUGUGACAGUAUGGGCAGCACCACUGAAGACAUUUACAUUUUAAAAUCGUCACUUUUCUUCUUCAUUAGAUUAUUUUAAGUGUGAAAUAAUAGAGGUGUCUUAUCGCCUCCUUGCGGUGCUGGAGUCCUGAACCAAAUGUAGUGUCAUUCAUUUAUUGUGGCCACUAGAUGGCAGUCACAUAGCUUGAAGCCAUUUACAAACAAGGCAAACCAAUUUAAAGAAGAAGACAAUGCUCUGCUUAUUGGCUGAUCGCUCCCAACCCCGUAGGGAUCCAUACCCAGUUGACUACUUUAAGAUGUCUGGAAGCCCUCAAUGCCAAUGUCCAUGCAAAAACAGGUUAUUUCUAUGUAAUGAUCCUUAUACAUCUCUAUGUGUGAACCUGACUUGUCUAGUCUGGUUGGUUCAUCCCGGAAGUCUGUUUCAUCAAGUCAUCAGUCCACAGUUGAGUUCCCCUGCUAAGACGUUGUUGCAUGUAUCAACCAAUGGUUGUGUGCCACAUCAUCGACUGCUGUCGGGCACCAGAUUGCUAGGACAUAUGAUAUGGUUAGCUGAUAUGUAAAAUAACUAUCCAAUGCCUGGGCAGAGGAACGUGCCCCACUACCUCUCUCUGAUGUCAUCAAAUGCUUCAAAGAGGGAAGGUGCGCUUGUUUUGCAAGCCGAUGUGUCCCAGAGAUGGGCGGGACAUAGGUUUCAUGACCCACUCACCUUAUACAGCAACCCUGGCAGUUUAUUCUGCCUAAUACCACUUAGAGAUACUCAGAACAUGCUGGCUUGUAAAACAAGCCCACACAGUCAUGAUCGGCCAUAACUUCAUGGUCUAAAGACUGUAGCUACUCGUGUUUCUCUGUUAUCAUGUCUUUCUGUAGAAAUAAAAAUACAUGGAAAAAUACAUGUAUUUAACAAAUGCUCCAUUCUUUAUAACAAUAGACUUGUUCGCUAUAGAUGGUGCUAUUGCGGUCUCAACAUAUAUAUAAAAUUGCUGUAUGUAUUUGAAUGUAGGUUUCUGCGAUUAAUGUAAAUGUUGAAAUAUAUUUUAUAAUAAACAGAAUUACCUAUCAGACAGUGCUUCAUCAAAAGGGUCAAAUAGUGGGUGCUUAUAUUUGUCCUGUUUCACUGAAUGUACAAGUGGGAAAUCUGUACAAGUUUGGAAAUGGGAAUUUAGCAUAUCCCUACUCCCCCUGACAGUGGGAUCAUGGCCAGGGAUCUGCCGUUAUUGACCGUGACCCCGGAGGAAUUAGGAGUGAGUGACUUGCUCAAGGGCAGAUCAACAGAUUUUUCACCUUGUUUGCACGGGGAUUCUACAUAUCAACCUUGUGGUUACUGGUCAACUGUUCUAACUGCUAGGCUACCUGCUGCCCUACAGCGCCCGAUGUUUCACACCUUUAAAUAGUCUUCUGAUGUGAACACCAAAGAGCAGAAGGAAUCUUUCCACCCUCAAUUUACCCCCCCCCCCCCCACCCACCCAAUAAUUUUGUACUAUAUAUUGUAUAGUGAGGUAUUGAGGUAAAACAAGUCCCUUCUCCCCCUGGGAAAAAAAUAAGCAACAGUACUUUUUAUUAGCACUUUGAAAUGGACUACUGUAUGUGGAAAGAAAGAGGGUUUUAUCAUAACAAUGCCUUGUGCAGUUCCAUAGGUUUAUCGUGCAUAUAUUUUGGUUUCCAGUGAACAGUUGAGAGCUGUAACUAGUUUGUGAAUAAAGUGUUGAAUGCCAA